UUAAUUUUGACAUUUCCUUGUUUUAAAAAGAAACACUUGCUUACGCAGACAUUCCAUUAUUUCAACAAUUAAAAUUAAUAUAUUCUAUGACAAAUUCUCAAACUCACAAAAAUGGUAGAUGAAGGUACUAGAAAAACACUAAGCAGCAUACCUUUGUUAAAAACUAAAGCAGGACCCAGAGACAAGGAAUUAUGGCCUACCCGUUUGAAAGAGGAAUACCAGGCAUUAAUAAAGUAUGUACAAAAUAAUAAAGAAGCUGAUAAUGACUGGUUCAGAUUGGAAUCCGAUAAAACCGGAACAAAGUGGUUCGGUAAAUGUUGGUAUGUCCACAACCUACUGAAGUAUGAAUUUGACUUGGAAUUUGAUAUACCCGUUACUUAUCCAACGACAGCACCAGAACUUGCUCUACCCGGUCUCGAUGGGAAAACUGCUAAAAUGUACAGAGGAGGCAAAAUAUGUUUAACUGACCACUUUAAACCACUAUGGGCAAGAAAUGUACCCAAAUUCGGUAUAGCUCAUGCAAUGGCUUUGGGUCUUGGUCCAUGGCUAGCCGUUGAAGUUCCUGAAUUAAUCGAAAGAGGCGUCGUCAAAUACCAGGAGAAGUCUGAUGAAGCGAAGUAAAAAUAUUUUGUACGAAGUUUGUAAAUAUAUUGUUUUAUAAAAUAAAUUGAUAUAUGUGUUU